GGCAUUCUUAAGUAUCUGCUGUCAGUGUCAGCUGUGGGAACGGCCGCGCACGCCCCUACCUCGUGUUGGGAACACAUGCCAGGGAGAUAGUCGUGUUUAUAAUCGGUCAGAGAACCGCGAACCAUCCUAGCGGCCUUUCAGCAUGGUUCAGCUUGAUCCCUACCGGGGCAGUAGCCGCAAACUUGUCAUCUCCAUUGACAUCGGCACGACGUAUAGUGGUGUCGCCUACUGUGUCUUGGAUCCCGGCGAGAUCCCGAAGGUCUUGAGUGUGACACGAUUUCCGGGACAAGAGGGUGAAAAUAAAUCAAGGGAUGUAAAGAUACCCUCCGUCCUGUACUACGACCAACACGAUCAGCUCCGCGCUGCAGGAGCGGAAGCGACGCUCCAAAGCACCAAGGAAGAGGCGUACACGCAAGAGUGGAACGACGUCAAGUGGUUCAAGCUCUACCUUCGUCCCCCGUCUAUUCUUCCGGGUGCAGUCCUGCCCCCGAUCGACGUGAACAAGCCUGUCAUCAAUAUACUGGCGGAUUUCCUGGCCUACGUAUUUCAGUGUGCAAAAGACUUCAUAUCUGAGACCAAUCCCAUAGGGAAACAGAUCUUAACCUCGAACAUUCCUAUCGAUUUUGUCCUUAGCCACCCCAAUGGGUGGUUAGGUCCGCAACAGAACAACAUGAGGCGUGCAGCCAUCCUCGCCGGGCUGGUACCUGACAGUGUUGAGGGUGCUUCAAGGCUUCAGUUUGUGACGGAGGGAGAAGCAAGUCUCCAAUUCUGUAUUGCGACUGGUCUCGGCGACGACGUCAUCAAGAAAAACAAUUACGUGACAAUAGUCGAUUGCGGCGGCGGUACCAUAGACCUGAGCACAUAUCGUGUUCUGGGUGAUCAGCCAAUCACCGUGGAGGAAAGUGUUGUCCCCGAAUGUCUCAUUCAGGGCUCGACGAUGAUUAACCGUCGAGCUGAGGAGCUGCUGAGAGAGAAACUCAGAUUAUCUCGAUUCUCGACGACCGAUGAUGUCGACGCGAUGAUGGCAAACUUCGAUAGCAUGACCAAGCCAACCUUCAGAGAUUCCUCCACCGCAUCAUACAUCAAAUUUGGAGGUCCGCGUGACACUGACGAGAGAUACAAUAUACGACGUGGUGUUCUGUCUCUAUCCGGGUCGGAAAUGACAUCGCUUUUCAAACCCUCCGUCGACGCCAUCAAAUCAGCCAUCGACGCACAGGUUUCCGGUGUCAAUGCCCGCCUAGUUACGAUAUUACUUGUCGGAGGAUUUGCCACAAGCCCAUUCCUCCGCGCCGAGUUGAGGACGCAUACAAGCAGGAAGGGAUUGCGAAUGUUCUCCCCGGAAGGUCAAACCUCGAAAGCCGUGGCAGAAGGCGCGUUGUGGUUCUACCUCGACCAUCGCGUUCGUGCGAGAGUAGCCAGACACACAUAUGGAUCCUUGUAUGAGGCUUGGUACCAGCCUUCAAAAUCAGACCAUUUCAGACGCAGGCACCUUGCAUACACGUUCCCAAACGGAUCGUUGGUCGUUCCGUCUGCCUUUGCCAUCCUGACGCGGAAGGGUAUUUCGGUUACCGAAACUACUGAGUUCAGCUUCCCGUUCGCGUCUUACUCGAAUAGACUCGACAAACAUACCAUCUCGGCUGACGUGAUAUCCUACCGAGGAGAUAAGGCGAACCCUGAGUGGAAAGACGAAGAACCAGAUAUGUUCUCUACGUUGUGCACGAUCAAGGCCGUCCCGGCUAUAAGCUCAUGGCAGAAGAAGAAUGAUGGCUCCAUUGGGCCGUACUGGUCACAAAACUACAAUGUGAUCCUUCUUCUGGGUUUGACGGAGAUGAAGGCUCAGAUCACCUGGUUGGAGAAUGGUGUGCAGCACCAGACGCCCGCGACGAUUGUCUACGACAAUGAGCAGUAGAGGUGCGGGCAGUUGCCGAUUGUGUUACUUUGUGUGUAUACGAACUUCCCGCUUGAAAUCACAUGUCACAAGUACGCCUCUCAGGAGAGGAGAGCUUAGACGAGAUAAUAUUUGUCCAUUGUUCAGCGUCCCGGAACUUAGGGUAUCGCAAGCGGC